AGUCGGAUGUCUUUGAAAUUGUUCUCCCGAUCACUGUCUUUGUGCUGAGCGACGAUGAUUUUCUCCAAGAUGACGCUGAGGAGCAAGCAGCGUUGGUUCCCGAGUUGAAAAAGGAGGACGAGCAGGAUGUUAACUUAAACAAUAGCGUUUUUCUAGAAAGUAAUGUGAUGCCUUCAAAUGACAGUAAUGGUUUAAGCAUCUGUGAAGAAAACAAGACUGCUUCAAAUAAGGAUAAUAAUAUGAAAUACUCUGAAGAAAAAUGUGUUGCCGAGAGUGUGUGUAACAGAUCAAAAUCAUCUUUAAGUGACUGGUGCGAUACGGGCACAGAUGAAUACAGUCAGAAUUAUGUGUUGCCUACAUCAUCUUGCAAAACAGAGCUUACAGAGAUAAAUGAAAGCAGUGACAGAAAAGAAUAUGAUGGUGAUGAUGGCUUUCAGAAGAUUCCUCCUCCUCUCUCCUCUGCUGGCAAUGAGGGUAGAGAUGAGAUCGUCAAGACAAGCAGGCAGGUGACGUUGGCAGCAAUAUCCAAACAUGAAGAGGAACUUGUGAGCGUUGCAAGUGUUCUUUCUGAUGGCAGUCAAGAAAAACAACCAGAAAUCCACAAAGAGAUGGAGACAGUUGUUGAAAUGGAAGAUCCUGAUUCUUCAAAGAAUGGAGACAAUGAAGCUAAUAACAGAAGCAAAUCUGAAGAUGAAACUCAGACUUUUAUUCAUCACAUGAAGGGACAUAAAGAGAGACCACCUUACCAGUGUCCUCAGUGUGACUACUCCUGCAUUAGUUUAUCCUACCUGAUAAAUCACACCUACUGGCAUGCUGGGUACAAGCUGUACCAGUGCAGGUUUUGCACCUUUUUUUCAUUAUAUUUUGCAAGCAUGGUGAGGCAUAGCUACAUACACACUGGGGCUAAACCAUAUUCCUGUGAGUUCUGCCAGUCAGCGUUCACGAGCACCACUGGGUUAAAGAGACACAGGAGAUUACAUGCAGGCAAAGAAAUGUGCCAAGGGCAGCAACUCGACUUCGUAAGUGGAAGAAAGAGAACUCGAAGACCUUUAAAGAAUUACACGUGUGAUGAGUGUAAUGUAGUGUUUUACACUAGAGGACAUCUCAGCUUUCAUAAGAAAUUUCAUGAACAGUUUAAGGCUACUGCUAAUGGUUAUACAAAUCAGAGCAAUGAAUAUCACAAAGGCAAAAUACGUGAAGUUGGCAGUGAUUCCCAGGACCAUGUUUCUCUGUCUCCUGCUAGUAAAAAAAAUGAUUGUCUCAGUGGGGGAAUGCUGGCUUCAGAAGUAGGCUUUAAGCAGGCAGGUGAUGUGCGGGACAAUAAGAAAAUGUGCUCUCAAAAGAAAUUCCCUGAAAACAGCCAUGGAAGCAACAGCUUACCUAUUAUUGGGAAUAGAUCAGACAUUCCUCUGAAUUCAUACAAACUGGACACUGUCAUUUGCGAAGAGGAAGCUCUCUUCAACUCCAGGGCCUCUCGUUCACAAGCUCAGGAUGAUGAUGCAUAUCAUAAAUUUGUGGAAAACUUGAAGGAUACCUGGCCUGCUAAUUGGUCUACGUUCAAAACGUACAAGUGCCAACACUGCAGUUAUGCUACCACUGUUCAUAGCGACUUUAAGCUGCACCUAAAAAUACAUACAGAUGAAAGACCAUUUGUGUAUAAAAAAUGUAAUAAGACAUUUAAAACAUCAAACCAUGUGCAGAAGCACAGCCUUACUCAUGUAAAGAACAGAUACGAGUUUGGCCAUUGCUUCUAUGUAGAUAGCCGUUCAGAGAAUCUUGAAUUGCAUCAUGAAACGCAUGUAGGCAUGUGUCCAGAAAGAGAUUUCGGUUCCUCGGAAGGUUCAAACAGCGUCCAUUCCUUGCUUGGUUCGGAAGUCUGUGGAGUACAGCCAGAUGUCCAGAGGGGCAAAGAAAAUGAUGUGCUAGCACAAAGUCAACGACGAUUCUAUCAGUGUGCAGAGUGUGAGUACGCUACUUACAUUUUAAGCAACCUUGAACUACAUGUAAGAACUCACACAGGUGAGAAACCAUACAGCUGCAGUGUUUGUCAGAAGAAGUUCCGUACUUCCAGUCACCUGAAAAGACACAGUAUCACGCAUUUUAAUAUAGAGCAUCUCAAGUGCAGGAACUGUGACUAUUCAACAAACAAAUGGCUGUCUUUGAAACAGCAUCUGGCUUCACACUCGUGUGGGGAAAGCUCAUCUACUGGCUGUCUCUACGAUCAGAAGCAGCUACCUGUCAAAACGUACACGUGCGAAGAGUGUGGCUAUUCCACGGCCCACAAUGGAAACCUGAAGCCACACUUGAGAAUUCAUACAGGGGAAAAGCCAUUCAAGUGCAGUCAGUGCGCUGUUGCUUUCCGCACAUCCAGCCAUCUGAAGCGCCAUUUACUGACUCAUUUGAAGUUGCGCUGCAGAAGGUGUAGGUUUUCGACAGCAGAUAAACAGGCUUUCCAAAAGCAUGUAAAAACACACAAAAAAAAGUACAAGUGUGGAAAGUGUAAUGUGAUGCUGUCUACCAAAAAACUUCUGGAAAAGCAUAAGCGUCAACAUAAGCUUGGAAUAUAA